AUGCAGUUAACUUGCCGAUUUUUCAAAAAUCGUCUCCCUGAAACGGACGAUUUAGUUAUGGUCAACGUCGUUAAUAUCGAAGAAAUGGGUGUUUAUGUUCAUCUACUUGAAUACAACAACAUUGAAGGUAUGAUUCUUUUGACUGAAUUAUCACGUCGUCGUAUCCGUUCGAUUAAUAAACUUAUUCGUGUUGGCCGAAACGAAGUCGUCGUUGUUGUUCGUGUCGAUCGCGAUAAAGGUUAUAUUGAUUUAUCCAAACGUCGUGUUUCACCAGAAGAUGUCAGCAAAUGUGAAGAAAAAUUCGUCCGUGGAAAAACCGUUAGCAGUAUUCUUCGUCAUACAGCAGAAGUCUUAGGCUUAAAAACCAAUGAGGAAUUCGAAGAAUUAUAUGACAAAACAGCUUGGUACUAUGAUGAAAAAUAUAAACGAGCAGGCGCUGCUUAUGAUGUUUUUGCUCGUGCUGUGAACGAUGAACAUGAACUUGAUGAUUGUAAAGUUGACGAUGCAACAAAGAAGAUUCUUUUGAACAACAUUCGUCGACGAUUGACUCCUCAAGCCGUAAAAUGUCGAGCAGAUGUUGAAGUUGCUUGUUAUGGUUAUGAAGGUGUCGAUGCUGUUAAAGCCGCAUUACGAGAAGGUCUCAACGCAUCAACAGAAGAAAUGCCUGUCAAAAUCAAUUUGAUUGCCCCACCACUUUAUGUCGUAACAGCGACAUGUCUUGAUCGCAAUGAAGGACUUGAUGCAUUGAAAAAUGUUAUCGAUAAGAUCAGAUUAGGCAUUGAAAAAUACCGAGGAAUAUUUAAGAUUAAAAUGGAACCAAAAGUCGUCACUGAUGUUGACGAUAUAACAUUGAAGGAAGCGAUGCAACAAGCUGAAGAUGAAAAUCGUGAAAGAUCCGGUGAUGAUGAUGAAGAUUCCGAUGAAGAUGAAGGUAAGAAAAAACGAUACAUCGAAGAAGAANGGUGA